CAGGGAUAGAUCUCCCUUAAAUUAUCCCGUGGAACGGACCUUCAAGGUAAAUCAUUCAAAUAAGCGCAACAUUCCUUUCUAAUGCUCCUUUCUUUAUCUGAGUUUCUUGUCUUCUUUGCAGUAGCAUGAUGAAAAACUAUUCUAUCAAGACACGAAAGCUUUUCGGCUCUUUACGGCCUCGAACUUUCCGCUUUCACAAGCUUGGGAAUCCACAGCAUGCGAAAGCGUCGACAAAAUGUGUGCAACUAUCAGACAUCGCUCUUCAUAAUGAACUUUUCCGGUACACCUCUGGGAGAUGGAUCUUCAACGAACAUCUCCGCCUUGCAGAACGAUUCCUUGAGUUUGAUGUGUCCGCCCUUCAAAACGUUAUUUCUGCUGCAUCUCGCCAUUCGAUAUCCGAUCUCAGAACCUUUACAAAACUAUCAGAAGGCGGAUUCAACCGCAUUUUUGAGGCCACUUUCAGCGAUGGGAAAUGUAUUAUUGCGCGACUUCCAUACCCAAGCACAGUACCAGAACACUAUACUGUAGCGAGUGAAGUGGCGACUUUAGACUAUCUUCGUCUGCAUGGUAUUCCCACACCAGAGGUGUAUGCGUGGUGUUCGACGAAGGCGAAUCCUGUUGGAACAGAGUAUAUUAUUAUGGAAAAGUUGGUUGGUAUCCCACUCGGCGAUAAAUGGUUCACAUUGACGCCAAAGGAACAACACAAGGUCAUGAAACAGAUAAUCGAAUGGGAGACGCGAUUGAUGUCACUGCAGUUUCCUGCGUCUGGAAGUCUUUACUAUACUAAAGACCUUUCAUCUGAGAGGAGGGUACAACUCGCUGAACCCAACGGUAUGGCGUUCUGCAUAGGACCGACAGCUCACUAUAGCUGGUGGCAUGACAAAAGGGAUCUAUUGAAUAUCGAUCGAGGUCCUUGGCUGUCAUCAAUGGGGGUUUUCCGAGCAGCUGGCGAACGUGAACUGGCCUGGACUAAAGCCUAUGCAAAACCUCGCUUGCCCUAUGACCGGCUCUAUAGGGAAAUCUAUCAUUUUAAGCAUGUCUCACCUGAUAGCCACCUCACAGACCUCUCCAACUAUCUUAAAAUGAUACCCUGCUUAGGGUAUGCAAGCGACUCAACUUUGAAUCGACCUGUCAUGCGCCACCCAGACCUUCAGCCAAACAAUAUCCUCGUUUCCGAUUCAAAUGAGAUAGUUGGACUUAUAGAUUGGCAGCAUUGUUCUAUUCUUCCUCUCGGUAUUGCUGCUGGAAUACCAACUCACUUCCAGAAUUAUGGUGAUCCCGAAUCGGAGAUGCUGAAACAGCCUCAGCUUGCUCUACCUCCAGAUUACGAUUCUUUGCCUCCAUCCGAGCAAGCAUCGUUACUAGAGACUCGGCGCAAAAGAAUGGUACAUUUUCUGUAUGCCGCUUUCACUAAAAGACUAAAUAAAGAGCAUUAUGAUGCCAUCUUCGAUCAGUCUGUUAUCCUCCGCCAACGGCUAUUCAAGAAUGCUGGUACGCCCUGGGAGGGAGACUCGAUAUCUCUGCGAGCAGAACUCAUUCGCUCUAUACAGAAUUGGCCGACAAUUGCUCAGACCACCGAUGCAGAUCAAACUAGGAGUGUUUAUCCGGUCGCUCCAGUGGGCUAUUCAGAGGACAUUGUCCGGGAAACCCUUGACUUAGAUGCUCGUCAAAGAGAAGCUGAUAUCACGAUAGAAGAAAUGCGAUCUGUCUUGGGUAUCGAUAUUUUGGGUUGGGUUCCAAAUGAUGAUUACGAUGCUGUGAAAGGAGUAGCCUAUGAUAUGAAGACCAAAAUGCUUGAAGCAGCUGAGACUCCAGAAGAUAUUAUCGGUGUCCGGGAUCAUUUUCCUUUUGAUGAUUUCGAUGAAGGCGCCUGAGGCAUUUCUCGAAUUGUUUGAUUAUUUUUGUCUAUUUAUCGACAAUACUAUUGUUCUGGGCGGAUAACGCUAUCUACAUGAGGGCGGCUGGACACUCCAUUGGAAGAAGCAGUUGUGUGAUCGUGCGCAAAGGGCCUGUUUUGAUCAUUGUUCACAGAAAUGGAUUUACCAUGCUCAACGUGCUGUGCUGCCACGUCGCGAAGUGCGGUUUCAGGCUUGGGGUAAAGGAGAAUGUAGGCAUGGAAGUACAUGGAAAUUAGAGGUUUUAGAGGCAAUGGAUGCUUCAUGAAGAUCGGGGCACGUGAGCCAGGGAAAUUGCAGGGUAAAGGAGAGGGAGUGAACAGGCCAUUGAAAGAAUUCUGGCGAUCCAUCCUGGAAAAUGAGCAAAUUGGGAAGCAAGCAAAGACUACUGACAAACGUUUGAG